UUUUUUUUUCUCCGGCUCAAGGCAGUCCGACCCGAGGCACUACCGCACUAGGCCGCCGAGACAGUCAGACCGGCGUAGCCUGCGAUCUCCUCAGACCGGCAAGCACCAAGCACAGAGGAUAGCCGCGCUCACCUCCUCAGUCCCCACACGCCCUAGGCGCUGGCGCUGCAAGCUCGGGCAGUCGAGCCGAGCGCUCCCUGCUCGGCGGACGCUGGCCGUGGCUCGCCCUCGCUGUGCCGACACGCCGGCAACCAUCUCCCCUCCAGAGCUAGCUAAGGAAACAGGGCCAAAGUGAGCUCCAGGGAAAAAAAAAGAGCACCAUGGAGAAAGGGGACGUGCUGGUGGACCUGGACAAGCUCCCUAUGAAGCGCCUUGAGGCCAUCGACGAGACUGGCAACGAGCACUACCCACCGGACACUAGCAACGAGGAGCAGCGGCUCGCGGCCAUCCGCCGGAUUGACUUCUCUUGGGUCAUAGAGAAGGAUGCAAAGAAGGCCAAGAAGGCGGCUGAGGCUGAUACUACCCAGCAGGCAUGGCCCUGGCAGGGCCUUAUGGAGAGCCUGCAGCAGGCACAUCAGGAGCUCUCCGUCGUCAUAGACCUCAUCGGCACGGUUGAGGCUAAUGACGCCAUGGCAGUCGCCUCGACAACGAAGCCCAAGUCACAGCCAAACGAAAUACUAGUUGACAUGGCAGUGUGUGCUGCCACCAAGCUCCAGUGCCUUAGGCAUUUGUCACGGUACUUCAAACAAUCUGCUACGACAAUGGAGCAACAGUUCCAAAAGGAGACUAGGUUCUACAGCUCCUUAAUAAGAUUACAGCAGAACUGGAAAGUGAAGCGGCAGCGGUCUGUUGGGAGUCCAGGAAGUGAGGGCUUCAUGUUUGAUCUAGUUGAUACUUCUCAGCUAGACACAACAACAAUGCCUCGAUUAUCACCAUUAUCUUUGAUUCCAAUUGAUCAAGACUCUUCAGGCACUUUGUCUGUACAAAUUCCACAGAAGUGUUUCCAUUCCUUGAGCCUUCGAUUUCAUGGAGACAUAGCCAAUAAUGCAGAAAGCAGUGCUGUCAAAAGGAAAGAAGGCACAUUAACCAACACUACUACCGGAGCCGAAAAUGAUGUUUUGGAGAACGAUGAUGUCAAUAAGUCUACUGAACAUGCACAUUCCAUCUUGCGCGACAUCCAUAAGUCCAUAUUUGAGGAGCAGGUUUUUGAUAUGGUGAUCCAGGAGACAUUUAUCCAAUCUCAAGGCAUCAAUGUUACUGGAAUGUGCGAAGAUUUUCUCCAAUUAGCGAUUGGUCAGGAAUGUUCUUUGUGCCUUUCGCAUGAUCUCUCUGGGCAGAAUAAUAACUCGGGGACAGUAGGGCAGGAAGAUCAUAUGGAUAUAGAUCAUACUGGAAAUCUUGCAGUAGCCACUGUAAAUGGGAAGGAGUCUUCAAAUAAGGAUGUGAGAGGGUUUCCUAACCCCAAAAGCUUAGAAAUUUACCUGCUACAUGUGUUCCAUGAAGGCAUCCUUAGAAAACUCAGGGAGAAAUCUCGUCAUGUGGUUCGGUACCAGAGUUCUGCUCAGGGUACACCUGACGAGUGUGGCCUGCUAAGUCAUUUUUGCAUGACAGUGUCUCACAGGAUAUUUUCUAGCAAAGUACAUUUGGAGCUUGAAAGUGUGGUUAGUAGGGUUCCUUAUCUCCAUCUGUGUUCCCUUCCUACAUGGCAUUCUCGAACGUCCUCCUGGUCUCUCUGCCUGAAAGUUCCUCAGCCUAUCCUGGCCACUGAUCGAGUCAGAAGGCCUUCAGACUACAGUGAGUUGAAGUGCAAAUCCAGGUCACAGUUCGGUACAAAGGUGAUCUUGAAAGAUGGACAGAUUAGUUUAAUGGGCGAGGGCUCUCCAAGCAUUGCUGGAUCGUUAGCUGGGAAGCCAUCCGAUGGACGCCUGGUAAAUAGUUACAAUUGUGACUUGGAAGAUCUCCCAAUGAUGCUUCUGCAGCAGGUUGCCAGCCAAGUAAUCCACUGGCUCCACGAUGAAGCGGUGGUCCUUGGGAUGAACGCGACAAUAGAUUUCCUGUGCCUGUACUUGGACCUUGACCAAGGUGAAACACUAGGCCUGGUGGCACACGUUGACCCGGAUGACACCUACGGCUGCGUCUCAUGGUACCUCACUCUUGAUCAUCACCCAACGGAGGAAGGGAAGAUGUCAGCGGGUAGUCCGGAGCUAGAGGAGCGCAGGUUUUUGGGGUACCUUUCCCCGGAAUUGCUUUACUCUACCCUGAUGGACCUGGUAAAACUGUGCAGCACAGGUGUCCAACGCUGAGACUCUGCCCACGGAGUAGUGGGAGUCUCAUGCGCGGUAAGUCUCACGGAUAGGGGUAGUAAUGGGCCUUAAAAUUUUGCACUGUGAAAUUUAAGAAUUAGAUCAGAUUAGGAUAUAAUCAUCAAACUCUAUCUUUAUCCAUUUUAAACUAAAUUAGUUAAGAAGUCAAACACUUUGGAUCUGGGAUCCGUUACCAAUCAUCUCUACUCGCUGCCCUCCUCCAAGUCCAGAGAAACGUGCAAGUGCAGAUAGCAGGAAAAAAAAAGAGAGAUAAGAUGUGCACUCUGGGCCAGGCCUAGUCCGCUGACCUGUCGCCGGCCCACCAAAAAGAGAUGGCAAUCCUUCCUUCCUUCCUAGCUCCUUUCCCGACUGCCUCUCUACUGUCCGUGUCAUGUCAAGUCUUCUGAUGAUCUCCGUACCCAUGUCCGUCUUUUACUAUUCCUCGUGAGACGGCUUCCAGU